AUGGCUAGCAACCUCCUUAAACAUGCUGAAGAAGCAGAUACUUCCACGCUACACACUAUCGGGCAUGGGUUUUGCGGCACCGUUUGGGCAUCUGAGGCUGGUUCCGCGUUCAAAAGGGAGGAUGGUGGACCUGAUCGAUCUUUGAGAAACGACUUUGAAAUGCACCACCGAACAAUCCAAAGCUUCCAAAAGAUCCAUACCCUACAAAUCAAAGUGCAGAUUCCGGCAUGCUAUGAUUUUAUCACGAUAACGGACCAGAAAUGGUGGUCUGUAAAUCAUCGGAAAUUUCCACCAGGCUAUACGUCACCAUGCAAUAUGAUCCAGUCCCAACGUAUACCUCCUUUCUCUGAUGCUAUACGACAACUUAUUAUUAAGAAGUACUGUCCACCAAAGAUCAUACGAGAGAUCACUGCUAGCGAUCCUAAUAAGGACUGCUUGGUAAGGCCUUACCUCGGCCGAAGGCGAACACGAAAGCCCUAUACCACGUCGCAAUUCAUAGCGUUUUCUCUACGGAACUUCCCACUUUAUCUUGACCAAUUCGAAGAACUGGUAUGA